AUGCCUCAGUUUUUUAUGAGUAAAGGUGGUGACAAGAAGCUUUUGUCUCUCGAACAAGUAUUACGGGGGAAUUUUGGGGGUGAUCUCGAGUAUCACGAGGUUCCCCUAGUGGAGGCGCUACUUUCUCCGGCUACUGUCGGGCCUGCUCCCAAAUGCGAGGCCUCUCCAGCUGUGGCGAGAGCCGAGGAUGCCUCUCCGUCUAAGGGGUCGGGUGUGCCUAGCUUCCAGGUCGUCUCCCGUCGUCGGUCCGCUGUUGUAGAUUAUGCCCUUAGGGAGGAUGUUGGUGGUGAUACUAGUGGCCGACGCUUACUCCGUAAACACAACAUCGAACCUUUUCUCGCUAAGUCACCUGUUGUUAUCGAGAUUGCUGAUGGUGAUGAGUUGUCAGCGGCAGAGGCGGUUUGUUCACACCGUCAAGGAAAAACAACCGUUACAGGAGGUUGCUCAACCUCACCCUUGGCUUUGGAUGACAACUCGUCGAAGAGGGGCAAACAGGCGGUGCUGGUGUUGUCCUCUGGUAGCGGCUCCAGCCCAUCCGAACCGGGUGUCGUGGCUCGGUCUACUGACGCCAUACACGCUGCCAUUAGGGAUUUGCAUAGACGGACUUCGCAUCUUAUCUCAGACUGGGCGAGCUUGGUCUUGCUGAUCUCCACCAGUUUUGUUCUGAGGAGGAGGACGUUGUUCCAGACGAAGGCAUUGAGGGCGGCAUGUGAAUGCAACCUUUUUAGGGUUGAUGUUUUACAGGAUGUUUUUUGGAAGCGUCACCCCGGAGAGUAUUUUGUAGGCCUGGACUUCGGCCCUAAGCCGGGUGACCUACUACCCUCCUUUUGUGGUCGCUUAAGGUGA